CCACCGGGAAGGCGGCCAAACGCCGCGGUCCGUACGGCGGUUCCUGUCCGGACGUCCGGACAGGAAUAUUUCUCAAUAUAACUAUAUAUAUGUACACACAUAUAAAUAGGCCGGCCUGUUAAGGUAAAAAGGCUUUAGAGUUGGGCUAGGCCUGGCCUAUUUAAAUAAACGGGCUUUUAGAAAAGCCCAAGCCUAGCUUGAUUACUAAACAGGCCAGGCCAGGCCAGGCCUUUAACAGGCCAGGCCAGGCCUUUAACAGGCCAGGCCACAGGCCCCUGACAGGCCGGCUAGCCUAUUUCCACCCCUAGAUACUGCCGUCAAAUCGUCAAUGGAUUUAUGGAAAAUCAGGAAACUGAGUCAAAUGGUCAACGGCUACGAUGAGGAGGCCCGGCUCCUCCGCCGUUUCGCCCCGAUUCAGGCCCUGCAGAUAAGGUCCGUCAUCUGCCCUACCGGCCUCCUCUACCGGGAGGUCCUCGUCUACUCACCGACGGCGCCUUUUACCGAUCCGCCGUCGUGGAUCACCUUGGAAGAGGCGGAGGACCGCCUCCGCGUAUUACUGAGGCAUGAAGAAGCCGACCGCCUCUGCAGCCGGGCGGCGGCCCGGUUGGGUCGGAAGAUUUCCACUGCCGACAUCUCCAAACUCCCCGUCGAGGAAAUGCGCGUGUUGCGGUUGUCUAACACCAAAUACAAGUCGAUUCACGAUGAACAACGCAAUGUCGCCGCCGCCUCCGGCGUUGAAAUAACUGGCAACCGCCCCGGCAGGUCAAGCUCAUUUCUUGCGAUGGGCAAGGAGUGGUGGAUCGGGUAAUACGGUAGAAGAGAUUAUGCGAAGGAAAAUUUUCCGAAAUUGGAGAUUUUAUUUUUCAGCAAGUUUGGUAGCUGGUGCCAAAAUAUUUUAUCUUUAAAUAAAUAUAUUUGUCUUAUAAAUAUUUAGGCCUCUCAAUGGCUCGGGUCUAGAUCCCGAUGCGAUCCGACACUAUAUUUGAGAAGAGAUAUACUACGUAUAUCCAUUACACACACUAUCCCGCCCAAAUCCCCGCCCAAAACUCUCCAUAUUUUUUUGUUUUACUAUAUACUACUUCCGUCCCAAAUUGAUUUGUAAAUUUGACUUUUCUUGGUCAAACAGUUUCACUUUAUUCG